CGAAAAAUAAUCGGGCCGAUCGGAGAAUCGGAGCAAUUUUCCCGAGAAAUUCCCAAGGCAGGUUUGCAGGAGCUUGAGGAGUUCAUCUCAUGUCGAGUUAACCUUCGUCUCGUAAAUUGAGGUCCUGUCAUCGUCUCCAAACUCCAGCAGAUAUGAGAGAUGAGAUGAUUAUGUACGAAGGACGACUCCGUACCGCUGCAUAUGGCAGGUCGAGUUGCUCUUCGUUUGACCCACUGAUCUCUGAUAUGGCAAUCGCAAUCGCAAUCGUCUUCUCACCCACCGCAACGCUCAUCAGGUCUUAGCCUCACAAGUGCCGUCUAUCCGAAGGGGCGGGACAAACACCGUCGAAGUACGGAGUACUGGUACGUAUCGCGAGAACAAGCAACAGUCAAGCUUCGUACCCGGCAGGUGGGUGGUGAUCAUCGUGUGCACUUGCAAAGAACUGCAAACGUUCUGAAUUCUCGAACACCAAACACCAACAUGGGGAUCCAUUGCUCCGCUCUCUGGAAUCCGUGCACCAUGAACUACGAACUACGAACUACCAGUUGGCUCCACCCUCACCGAGUCCUCGCCUUCCACCAAUCGACAAGCAAGCGCAAUAUUGAAAAUCUCCGAAUUCCAAUUCCACUUCCCGCUCCUCUCAUCUUGAGAACCGUAGGAACAGGAGCACAAAUAUCCCACCCAACAUUGAGACGGAACCGCGUCCAUUCAUGUGGUCUCCGUCAUCUGGUUUUCGUCUGAGAGAUGCUAGCCGAGAUCCAUUGGUGGUAGCGCGCCCUCGGCCCCUGAAUGCGAUCUUGACGCUCGGCGUCUCGAGUUGGCCGAUGAAACGCCAGCGGUCACAACGAAAGAAAAUCAGACACAGCAACCGCCGCUUUCAUCUGUACCAAGUAAAAUGAAGGCCCCAUACGUGAUGACUGCUCCACGCCCGCCACGAGGAUGAGAGGGAACAACCUCAAUGAUCCUCGUUGCUGUGGAGAGAAAUUAAGAAUACGACGAUGAUCCGAAAUUUGUCCAAGAAUCACACAGGAAUUGUCGGUUGUCUUUAGGAUAUCGAGGGAUGCUUAAUUAGUUAAGCUUUUCUUAGAGGCUCAAAUAGAGAGGUGGUUGGUGGUGCAGAAAUUUCACGCGAACCACUGGUCAAUGAAUGCAAUGCAUAACACGCUACACGGCAUCCAAGCGCUCUGCCAUCCGGUUGCAUUUGACGAGAGGUUCGAGGACGGCGCUGACAGCUGGACCACCAAAAAGAACAGACCAAAAGCCAGUUCCACGAGUUCGAUUUGUCUGCUCUUCCACCCUGGAAGGUAUUCUGGGUAUCAGAUCUUCCUUUCUGUUUACUCUUUCUGUCUCAAAUCGCCAGCCCGGGUUCAACGGUUGCAUGAUUAGGGACAUUUAGAGUUACAGCAAUGAGCUUACCAUUCGCUACCUUGCAACAAUCUCCCUUACCCUUACAAAUUUCUACGCGAGUCUACAGAACUGGCAUUUGGAAGGGAGUGGAUCCCGUGGAAGAUCGGUUACGCCCUCCUGAUUCGUUGUUUCUAUGCCCGAGCUCCUCAAAAACGUGAAACUAGCACCACAGAAGUGACAGAACAUUUGAAGCAACGAGGCUGAACAACUUGAUGGUGUCGUCCACAUUGAAGCGGCUCGGGAUGGCAGAACCACUUCCCCUGUGCGUCCCCUGCAAUCUUCCCCUGUGCGAUUCAGGCCCGCUCCGUCGUAGUUGACAGCCAAGACUGAUAUAAGAUAGAAAGCGCUCCUCUCAAUGCACUUUUUCCUCCCAGCGCCUCCGUACUUGCAUACACACAUUCCUUAGUUACUGUCCAUCGUCCUGUCCUAUUCACCGUAUACAUUCUUUUUCUUGACGACUGUGUCGUUACUACUGAAACAAUUUACCUCCGGCAGGGCCAUCAUUAUUAUUUUCAAAACCCCGUCCUAUUAAAACCAAUAUUAUAAAUCCUAUCUCAGAUUCACAACAACCGCAAGAUGCUCCUUCCAACAUUAUCUCUCGCCCUUUUGGCAACCUCCAGUCUUGUGGAAGCUCGUUCUGUUUUCGACCUCGACCGCCUAGCAGGAGGUCAAAGUCGUCAGACUCCAUCUUUGACAGCUCGUCAGGCCAAGGGUAACGGCGGCAACAAGGGCGGUAAUAACAACGGUGGUGCCCAAGGAGGCAACAAUGAUGCCACUGGUACCACAUUAGCAGCGGAUGCCAUUCAAUCUGGUUCUUUCACAGAUGGAUCAAAGGGAGGAGUUUCCGCAGCUGGCCAGGCCAAGUCCCUCACAUCGCAAAACAACUUCAUCAACUUUUGCUCGGGAAAGACUGUCACCAAUGGUAUUCAAGUCAAGGGGGGUUCUUGCAACGGAAUCGGUAUGUCCCAAACUCCUUACCAUAAGAAAGUCCAAUGUCCAUUUGCUAACCUAUCAAAAAGUGAUGGGUGAUAUCCCAGCCAAUACCGCCAUGAUUUCAGCAUUGAUCAUGAACCCACUGCCAGGAGUAGCAGUCCAAGCCAACAAGGACUUUGAUAUCGCCGUCCAAGUGAACAACCUGGUUGCUGGGUCCUUUACCAACGCAGACAACACCUAUUAUUCCGCACCACAACAACUUGAAGGAGGAAAAGUCGUUGGUCACACUCACGUCACUGUUCAAGAUAUGGGAAAAAGCUUGACCCCAAGCAAGCCCAUGGACCCAACCCAAUUUGCUUUCUUCAAGGGUAUCAACGAUGCCGGAAACGGAAACGGUCUUCUCAAGGCCACGGUCACUGGAGGAUUACCUGCUGGAUUCUAUCGAGUCUGCACCAUGACUUCUGCCUCUAACCAUCAACCUGUCUUGAUGCCUGUCGCUCAACGUGGUACGCCUGACGACUGCACCAAGUUUGAGGUUUCUGCAAAUGGAGGAGCAGCUGGUGGUAAUGCUGGCGGUAACGCUGGUGGCAAUGCUGGUAAUGCCAAUGCAGGUGGUGCUAAGGCAGGUGGAAAUGCAGGAGGUGCAACUGGUGGUGCAGCUGGUGGUGCAGCUGGUGGUGCCCAAGCUGGCGGAAAUGCAGGUGGUGCCAAAGCUGGUGGAAACGCAGGUGAUGCCACAGCUGGUGGAAAAGCAGAUGAUGCCAAAGCCGACGGAAAGGCAGGCGACGCCGCUGGCGGUGCCAAAGCAUCCUCAUCCGCAGCCCCAUCCCCAUCCAGCACCUCCGAACCAGCCAGCAAAGCAACCAAAGCACCCGCACCAGCAGGCGGUAAGAACAAAGCCGCCUCUGUAGGCGGCAUCGACGCCCCGGCCGUGACCGACUCGGGCGAUUCCACGCGACCCUUCUCUGUCAAUGGGAACACCUUCGUCGGCAAGGCUGUCGCUGAACAGCGCGCCUGCGAUAUCCAGAUGAAUGGUUGUAUGAAUGCCUUUAACGGUGGCACUGCGGGUGUUACCCCCGAGGCGUGCCAGACGCAGCAGACGGCUUGUAUGUCUGCGGGAGCUUAA